GGGGCCCAGCCCGCCCCAGUGCCCGCCGCUGCCCGCACCAUGCCGGGGCUCCGAGCCUCACCGCCCGCCUUCCUGCUGCUCCUCGCCUUCGUCCUUCCCCGUGGCAGCCCCGCUCCUGCCGUGCAGCAGCUGGAGCCCAGCAGCCGCUCGGCCGUGGCGGCGGCGAGGGUGGCCCUGCUGUACCACAACUUCCAGGCGGGAUCCGUCGGCGGGCUCAGGACGCUCGGACAGGUCCGCAAGGCUACGCUGAAGAACAUCCCAGAGUCUGGCCACAAGUAUUACCUGCAGUUCAGCACUGAGAACUACAGGACUGGGGAAGAUGCUGGGAACUGCCUGGCUACAGUGCUGUAUCCAAAGAAAAAGUCUCCUCCUGUUGUCAGCAUCAAGUGCUCCAACACCAAAGAGAAGAAAGAAAUCCAGGAAGAGGACAACAGAGUUUACCAAAGGAUGAGGCACCAAAGCAAACCAAUAACUGGAAACAACAUUCCAGACAGCUAUGGCAACAUUGAGCCCGCCCUGGAGCCAGUGUGGGCUCUGGCUGUGGCUGGCAGCAGCUCCAUCAUGUGGCAGAAGUCCACGGAGACCUUGAGAUACUCCCUGGCACAAGUGAAGUCCGUGAGGCAGUGGAUCAGGAAAGAUGAUUUUGUUGAGUUUGACUACACUGUGCUACUGCAUGAAAUCCCAACCCAGGAAAUCAUCUCCUGCCACAUGCGCCUGACGUGGCUCCCUGGGCACCCUCUGAAAGUGAAACAUUUCUGUGAUUCCAAGAGCCACGGGCUGGACGAGGGAUCUGGGGCAGAAUCUGGAUCAGCUGCUGGGCCUUUGGCUGAAAAGGGACCAAAGUUUUAAGUGAAAUCUUCAGUUCUGUGGAGAUGGAUCCAACCAGACCUGGAGCUGGGAUCAUCCUUCCAUGUGAGUCAGUCAAUGGCAGUGGUUUCACUGAUCUGUUCUCUGCCAAAAUUAAUUCUUCUCACUUCUUCAACGACGAGAUUCAAGUUCUGCAGCUCUGCUUGAACCCUCUGCUACUCCAUAUAUUCACAGAUGAACAUACAGCAGUUGAUUUGAUGUCAUUAAUUAACUGUUACUCAAGAGUUUGUAAACAAAAUUAAUAUAUUUGGAUAAAAAUAAUGAGCAAAGUGUUAAUCUGUCACUAAGAGAGAUUUGCCUACUAAUUUUUUGUCAUGUUUUGGGCUAGAAUGAUGCUGAUUUUCAACUCACAUCUCCAAUAAACCAAAUGCCAUCACUCAG